GUGGGGGAAGGGGUAGGCGAAUGAAUUAGUCAGCCGAGAGCCGAGCCGAAUCAAUCCAAACAACAAUUUACACAAUUUGAACGGUCACAAUGACUGACAGUAGCUCUGAUUGUACUUAUGAAGAAGAAUACGUGUUUUAUAAAAAUAGACCGCACUGGAAGGAUGUUACUCCUGUACCUCAGGACGACGGGCCAAAUCCUGUAGUUGCCAUCGCUUACACAGAGCAAUUUCGUGAGAUCUACGAUUAUUUUAGAGCAAUUUUAAGGUCUGGAGAAAAAAGCGAAAGGGUGCUAGAACUGACAAAUGAUGCAGCACAGCUCAACCCAGCCAAUUACACUGUGUGGCAGUACAGAAGAGAGGUUUUAUCUCAUUUAAAAAGUAAUUUGAGUGAUGAACUAAACUACAUUGGUGAAACUAUAUCUGAACAUCCAAAGAAUUAUCAAGUUUGGCAUCACAGAAGAGUUAUAGUGGAGUGGUUGAAAGAUCCCUCAAAGGAGAUGGAAUUUACAAAUGUUAUACUUGCCCAAGAUUCAAAAAAUUAUCAUGCUUGGCAACACAGGCAGUGGGUUGUUGCAACUUUCAAAUUGUAUGAUUUAGAGCUUGAAUUUGUAAAUGAUCUUCUUUUGAAAGAUGUUCGGAACAAUUCAGCUUGGAACCAGCGUUAUUUUGUCAUAAUUCACACAAGUGGAUUUACUCCUAACGUGAUCAAAAAUGAGUUAGAAUAUACUGCUGGUAAAAUCAGAGAAGUGGUAAAUAAUGAGAGUGCAUGGAAUUAUUUGAGAGGUAUAAUAUGCCACACAGAAUCAGGCAAUAUCACUUCAGAAGAGUUUAUAAUGAAGUUUUGUGAAGAUCUCUAUGGCACUGGAUGCAGAUGUCCGUAUCUUCUAGCGCUCAUUGUCGAUAUUUGCGAAGAGUUGUUUGAACUGGGAGCUAGUGAUGAGAUAUUUUCUAUGCAAAGAGCACUGCAGGUUUGUGAUGAUCUUGCUUUAGAACAUGAUAAGAUUCGAAAAGAGUACUGGAAAUUUAUUUCAAGGCGGAUCAACCAAGCAUUACUUCAUAGGACGACUGCCGCUUGAUAGGGGUUUGCUUAAGUUUGCAGGUUUGUGCUAUUGUUAAAUAGUGAAUAAGGAAUGAAGUUGAAUUUAUCUGUUCUCAGAACUUCUGUUGAUAUUGUAGACAGUAAGUUCAGAGAAAUGUUAAUUUUUCUUUAAAACAAUUUAUUGAAACAAAACAAUCACAAUAGAACCAGUUGAUGGUGUAAUCAAUAGGACUUUUCAAUAUAUUUGUAAAUAAACAUCUUAUAUGUAAGAAAUCUUAACAUCCUUUCAAGUUAGAGGUACUAAAUAUUUUACAUAAUAUUUAUUCUUUCAAAGGUCUGUUCAUAUUAAAUAAAAUUGUGUUGCUCAGAUGAUUUAAGAUUAAAGAAGUACUGAACCGAGA